AUCCUAACCACUAGAACAAGACCAAAUCUCUCUUCAGCUUUUCCAAACUCUAUAUAUACCCCACUUACAUUUUGUCAUUUUUAUUCUCAACAUACUUAACCACCUCCCCUUUUCGCUGAUAAAAAUUAACAAUCUCUCUGUUGUAUACCAAUAUGGCUACCUUAGGAGACAAUAAGGACAACGUUGUGGUGUCUAACAUGAAGCUUAACAUGAAACUUGAAAGAAUGCUCAGCAUGAAAGGAGGCAAAGGAGAGGCUAGCUACGUCAACAAUUCUCAAGCCCAGGGACAACAUGCUCGAUCAAUGCUGCACCUAUUGAAAGAAACCCUUGACGGGGUCCAGCUUAGCCCGACCGACAUUGCUUUCGUGAUGGUCGACCUAGGAUGUUCCUGCGGCAGCAACACCGUGUACAUAAUCGACGUGAUUGUGCAACAUAUGAGCAAACGUUACGAAGCGAUAGGUCAACAACCACCGGAAUUUUCCGCCUUUUUUGCAGACCUUCCUUCCAAUGACUUCAACACACUGUUUCAAUUGUUGCCACCUUUGGCGAAUAAUGGCUGUGGCAGCAUGGAGGAAUGCUUGGCUUCGAAUAGCAACCGGUCGUACUUUGCUGCCGGAGUUCCGGGUUCAUUUUAUCGACGUCUCUUUCCGGCUAGAUCCGUUGAUGUUUUCUACUCCGCAUUUUCUUUGCACUGGCUUUCUCAGGUGCCGGAUGUAGUGUUGGAUAAGCGAAGUGUGGCGUACAACGACGGAAGGAUAUACAUCCAUGGUGCAAAUGAGAUCACUGCCAACGCCUACAAAAAUCAAUUCCAAAGUGAUUUGGCUGGUUUCCUAGGUGCUAGGGCUAAAGAAAUUAAGAGAGGUGGUUCAAUGUUCUUGGUUUGCUUGGGAAGGAUUUCUGUGGACCCAACAGACCAAGGUGGGGCUGGCCUCCUUUUUGGGACCCAUUUUCAAGAUGCUUGGGAUGAUCUUGUCCAAGAGGGGCUAAUCACAAGUGAGAAGAGGGACAGCUUCAACAUCCCAGUGUAUGCACCAAGUAUACAAGAUUUUAAGGAGGUGGUUGAAGCCAAUGGCUCAUUCAGUAUUAACAAGCUCCAAGUUUUCAGGGGAGGGAGUCCUCUAGUUGUCAACCACCCGGACGACGCAGCUGAAGUCGGACGAGCCUUAGCCAUCAGCUGCAGAAGCGUCAGUGGCGUCCUUGUCGACGCUCACAUUGGCGAACAACUCAGUGACGAGCUGUUCGCCAGAGUUGAGCGUCGAGCCUCGCGCCAUGCAAAAGAGCUCAUUGAAAAGCUUCAGUUUUUUCAUAUAGUUGCUUCCCUUUCUCUUGUGUAGUUUGGUGUUUGGACAAUAUUUAGUUGAAGUUGGAAAGGAAAAGUAUGUUUUGUAAAAGUUAAACUUGUGUUUAGAUAUGAACUUUAUUUGAAAAAAGUUGAAGAUCAUUCUGAUUGAAAAUUACUACUACUCAAACUUGUAUCUCAAUAUCCCAAAUGCUGAAUUUCCG